GAAGCCGGAUUGGCAAGUAUCGAGAGUGCCCUCCUGGAUGUGAAGACUCAUCUGGCUGCGAGUAUUUCCAGGCUGCGCAUCGGCGGCUCUGCCCUCAACCUCGAGACUUUGGUAGAGACCGAGUAUUUAGUCAAAAUGAAAAAAAAAAAGAAAGAAAAUGAACGACGCGUUAUGUACGUGCUUACGUUGAUGUUACCUUCCAAAUCCGAAAGACGAGCUGCUGCCGAGUCGUUUGCGCGUCAUCGAAGGAAUUGCUUGGGGCGCGCGAGCCACGAUCGCUACCGGAUGGAUAAACAGCACAAGAGUCGUCGGGAAGAGUUCCUGCAGGAGAUGUCGAAAUUGAAGUUGAUCCAUCGCGAGAGCGGAUCGAAUCAAGCGACUGAACUCGAAGAACACGAGUUUACGUUCGAUCCGAUUUGCCCGAAGGUGGUUCAUUUGCACGAGGGCAUGCGGGAAACGUUGGCUACUUCAGAUCUCAUUCGCGAUCAUCGCUUCGUGUUUCUAGAGAGGUCGUUGUGCAUGGGCGCGGCAGCGUUGGUCCAGGCGAUUCGCGUCGGUAGAUUUUACGGUCCGGUCAUCCUGACGCACUCUCUCGCGCCUCGACACACUGGAUAUCUGGCUGGCCUCCUGGCUGACAUCGACCACGCUGGGAAACUUUUGGUUUACGGAGCUGGCGACCGUCGUUGCGAGUACGAGACCUACCUGACAGAUCUUGGCGUUACGUUGCAACGGUGUCGUGUUUCUUCUCAAAGGUACGUGUCUCAUCCGGCGACGAGUGAAUCCGAGAGGGCCACUGUAGUGUUGGCAAUGCCCUCAUGCACCUAUACAGGCGUUCGAGAUAUCGUCGAUCUUGCAGUGGCACGGGGAGGAGACAUGGAUCUUCUCGAAUCAUUAACAGAUGGCUAUGCCAACAGCGUUUACGACGACGAUAACAACGAGAAAAGUUAUGACCGCGAGCAGUGGCAUUCCUUCUUGACCGAUCAAAUGUCUACUUUGAAAUAUACUUUGACCAGGCCGAAUGUACAGUUUGUCGUGUACGAGGUGCACACUAUUUUACCGUCAGAGACGACGGAGAUGGUUCGAGAGGUGGUAGAUUGCGUGAAUCGAAUGGCUGUGGAAAAAUACAUUCGCGAGCAUUCGAUUCCAGACAGUGACCUCUUCGAAGUGGGCAGCAUCGACGACAUUUACGGGGAAAACGUCAGCCGGAUGUUAGAUCCAGGAUGCUUCCUCGCGGUGAUAAAGCGAAAGGAAAUCGUGCAAUUCGACUCGCUGUUUAUGAUCAAGGUAGCGGAAUCGAAGGGUUUGUUUGGCGACCCGAACAAGGCACAACGGCCAUCGAAGCACGAGUCCGUCCUCGAUCGUUCGAUUAAACAAUCCUCGCGGAAACGAACGAAGCGCGCCAAGGUUUGGUUCCCCUUCUGA